AAACCAGAUCAUGAAUUACACAAAAGUUCAAUAUUACCACAACUAUAAAAGAAAAUGGGAAUGAAAAUUGUAUCUAGGCAAAUAGUGAAACCAGCUGAGCCAACAUGGAAUGGUUUGCUUCCAUUAACAGAACUAGAUCAUGUUUCUGUGAUUACACAUUCAUCCAACUUACACUUCUACGAAAAACCCACAGAACAAUGUUGGCUUAAUUCAUCCAACAAUAAAAUACUCAACACCCUAAAAGAGUCAUUAAGCCGUAUUUUAAUCCCAUUUUAUCCUUUAGCCGGUCGGUUGAGUUGGGUUGGAGGAGGACGACAACGACUUGUUCUCGAAUGUAAUGCAAUGGGUGCUGAGAUUAUUGAUGUUGAGUCUAGUAUGAAUAUCGCUGACUUUGGGAAUUUCUACUCUUCUGGUGAUAAGUUCAAACAUCUAGUGCCUCAAAUCGAUUAUUUUGGUACACAAAUCCAAGAUAUUCCUUUACUCGUUGUGCAGAUCACUAGGUUUGCUUGUGGUGGUCUAAGUAUUGGGAUAUCUUUGUCUCACAUGGUCGUAGAUGGGGGAAGUGCAUUCCAUUUCAUCGAUGAAUGGGCUAGGCUCACUCGUGGUGAGCCGCUAAAGGUUGCACCUUUCUUAGACCGUCGACUCCUACAAGCUCAAGAUGUGAGUGUAUCCCAAACAAGUGAUGUUGUUGUUGAUGAUGAAAAUUAUUCGAGCUACUUCAAUAAAUCGGAGGGGGUUAAGCUGGAGACUCCAACCUUCAUACUCCUAACCAAGGAUAAAAUCCAACGGCUCAAAGAGGUUGCAAAUUAUAAUGGUGGGGAAAUCAUGAAUGAAAAUGAACGUCCGUUUAGCCGGUUUGAAGUUAUCACAUCUCAUGUAUGGAGAUGUGUGUGCAAGGCAAGAGAACUUAAAUGUGAUGACAUUACUUCCUUGUUCGCUCUUGUUAAUACUCGUGGUCGUCUAGCUGAUCCCCCAUUACCAUCAAGCUACUUUGGCAAUGCUGUUGUUCAGGUUCAAAUAUCAAAUUCUGUGGGAGAUCUCCUUUCAAAUCCUCUAAGUUACGCUUGUAGUAAGAUAAGAGAGGCAUCACAAAAGGUGAAUAACGAGUAUGUGUUCGGAUUCCUAGACAUCUUAAAAAAUCAAGAAAGCCUAAGCAUGUACCAGUACACUGAUGAUCGAGGAAUAUUAAAAGGCCCUGCAUAUGGUGACCAUAAUAUAAGCGCAACAAGUUGGUUGAGCUUGAUGGCUACGGGUGUCGACUUUGGCUGGGGUAAGGAGAUAUACAAUGGGCCUCCUUUAGUUAGUGGAUUGAACGGUGAAGUUAUGAUUUUUCCCUAUAAGAACGAUGGAUCUGUGGUGGUCGGAGUUUUUCUGCAACACAAGGAAAAGUUUCACGAAUAUAUGGGUCUUUUCUAAAUUAUUACUUGAUGAUGCAAUAAGCAUAAUGUCCUUGCUAAAGUCUAAAGAUAAAUAAAUUAUGUUACAUUUUUUUGGGUGUUUUGUAACUUAAUUAUUUUGUUAUGUACUACGUACGUACUAGACAGUAUGUGUUAAAUUUUGUUUUAAAGAUGCCUCAAUAAUUGAAGUUAAGUUAUUAGUUUAUUACCAUUAGAAA